UUUAAGUAAGCAGGGUGGGGCUGGGUGCGCUUGCGCGGUUUUAAUACUCCUCCCCAAACUGCCAACUCUUCGCGCAAGCGAGUUAGGGCCCCUCCGCUUUUUAUUACGCGUGCGCACUGGUGGUCCUAACCCGGAAGACCAUACGCCUGCGUGGUAGGGACUGCGGUGACAGUACCCCGGGUGGGGCUCGGGCCAGUCAUGGCGGAACCUUGGUCUGGGCAGUCUUUGCAUGCUUUGCCGGCCACGGUGCUGGGCGCGCUGGGCGCCCUGGGCAGCGAAUUCCUGCGGGAGUGGGAGGCGCAGGACAUGCGCGUGACCCUCUUCAAGCUGUUGCUGCUCUGGUUGGUGUUAAGUCUCUUGGGCAUCCAGCUGGCCUGGGGUUUCUACGGGAACACAGUGACCGGGUUAUAUCACCGCCCAGGUCUGGGCGGCCAGAAUGGAUCCACACCCGAUGGCUCCACGCAUUUUCCUUCGUGGGAAAUGGCAGCAAAUGAACCUCUCAAAACUCACAGGGAAUAAGAGAAGGCAGCAGAAGAGUCUCAAGAGGCAUCACGAGGUCUGCUGGCUUUUGCAAUGGGUCCUGCUGCUGCUACCCAGAUCCCAGGGACAACUGCAGGGGGUUUGGGAUUGGGGGUAGAGAGUACCCCAAUGCUUUCAGGACUGGGCCUCCAUUACAUUCAGACUUGCUUCCAACUGUCCCAGGUACUGGGCAAGUAAAGAGUUUUCCUCUACCCUGAUAUGGGUGCCUUAAGGAGAGAAGAUAUGUUGCUUCUCUCUCUCUGGUGUCAGCUCAGGAGAAAUCUUUGGGUGGGGAGGCCAGUAGUCCCUUUUCUAUCUUAUCUUUUUCCUUUCUCUCUUCUUAUCCUUCUGGGAUGUGACCCCAUAGUGAUAUACCACUCUAAGAAGCCAGAGGUUGACCAGAUCUGAGAUUUGUAAGGAAAAUCAUCACUCCCUGAAGCCCUCAAUUUCCUGAAUUUCUUUGGUUUUGCUUUAUUGGCAGAGCACCAGGUAAUCCUGGCCUUUUACUCUAUGGUUACUUAGCUGGCCAUUUAAGUAGAGGCAGAGUAUCCCUGCUGGCACCAUCCACAUUUAAGCACCAAAUACCCAUCUCCUUCACCCAACCAGAGCUCUCCACGUAUGAACCAGGCAAAGGAAAUUGUCAUUUAUCAUCUGUCCUCAUGUCUCUGCACUUCUUGGGAGAAAGUUGGGUGCCUGAAAGAGAGACCACAAGCUGAGCCCCUGGGUUGGCUUCCCACUCAUAUUGUUUAAAUACCCAUGGGAUCUUGGGUCUAUACCCGCCCCCAUAGGAAAGUACUAAGCACUUAUAGUAUAAUGACUUCCUUAUGCCUUGCAACUUCAUGAUUUUUCACCUUAAACUAGAUUAGGGGCCUUAUCCUAAGAGCCACUAGCACCAUCUCGGCCCCUAGAAAUCCUCAACAGGAAAGAGCCACAAGCCAGGCAACCCUGGCCUCUUUACAGUGGGCCAGGAGAGGUUCCAAAAGGGUAGAUGGCAAAUGGCCCUAUACAAACACUGCCUCCAGAAAGCACUGUGGCUCUGGUUUUGCCUCCUUCCCUAAUGGCUGUACUUCUGUUUGCCUCUGCUGGGCCACCAGCUAUUUCAGUGUCACAUUGCCUGCUUCUUCUGUUAGAUGUCACAUAUCCAUCUGGCAGCCUUUGCUUAGGCAGAUUUUUUGUGACAGAGAAACACUGGAAGUGAGACUGCACUGCACUCAAGCUUAUGUAGCCACUCCACAGCUGUCAUCUGGCUUGCAGGAUGAUGCUUUCUUCAUAGCCCCAGACCCAUCUGCUGGCACCACCACAUAUACAUUUAGGGUCUCACAUUUCACUCCAAGCCCAACUGAGGAUGUAGCUUAUUAAACAAAGAAGUGCA